UGUUGAUAGAGGAUUAAGGGGCAAAGGGACAAUGGUGACAGUGUCCAAGCUUGAACUAGAUCAAGCUCAAUUAGUCGUGAUGAACAAUAACGCAGAGGUUCAACCAUAUAUAACUGACCAUAUGGAGCUGUUACAAUCAAUGGUUCCAAGAAAUCAAAAAAAUAAACAAAAAUGGGUUGCAGACCAACAUCGUCAAACUUUCAUUGGGUGGUUAAGGAAUACCAUUAUAGCAAAGUUGAACGAACCGAAUCAUGGAGUAUCUGAUGUGUUGAGUCGUAUUGCCCUUGGACCAACUUUUGCGGUUGCAAAGCAUGAAGCGUACAUUGUAAGGGGUAAACGUUUUCAUACAAAGUCAAGAGAUGAUGCUCGAGAGGUUCAAAAUAGUGGUAUACGUAUCGUCGCAGAAACUAUGCACUUUGCAAGUGCAAAAGAUAGAAACCCUGUUUUAGGUACUAUGACGUAUUACGGGGUCAUUGAAGAAAUAUGGGAGCUCAAUUAUUUUGCGUUCCGAAUUCCACUUUUUAAGUGUUCUUGGGUUGACAACAACGUUGGAGUAAAAACUGACGAGCUUGGUUUUACUUUGGUUGAUUUAAGUAAGAGAGGAAGCAAGAAUGAUCCAUUCAUCAUGGCUAGCCAAGCAGCUCAAGUUUUUUACAUUUCUGAUCCGGCUAAUGAUAAAUGGUCUAUUGUUUUAUCGACACCCGAGAGGAGGUUCUUAGAGGCGAAGAGGAUGAGGAGAAUGCCGACUUAUGUUACGAUGACUUCAUUGUUGGACAACCAAUUCUUGAGCAACUCAUGGGAAUUGAUCGUAACAUUGAGGAAGACGACGCCGAAUACAUUAGAAACGAUAUCAAUGAGGGAAUAUGGGUCAAUUCUACGCGAAGCUCGUAUCCACUGCGGGAGUCGGAUGUCGGCGGACAAUAGGGUUGGCUUAUAA